AGACUGUAGACACACGCGCUCCCACCGCUCCUCCCAGACCGACGUUAAAGCGCGACGCGAGCACAGCUCUCCGGAGUUUCACCGCGGUCCGUGCCGUGCGACAGACUUUCCAAACGGACUCUCUAUCAAAACCAUUACAUAUCAACUCCACUCGAGUACACAUGAGACAUAUUUCAUAUCGCUCGGAAAGAAACGCGAGUUGCUGGAUAACUAAACGCGCCGCUGAUGCGCUCGAGCUGAGCCUGCGGAGAGAGAAGGAGCCGACGAGGAGAGGAGAGACAAGACAGCGUCCCGUCACACACCCCGGCUUUUAGGGGUGAUUGUCGGCAGCAACAUGAAGCUCUUCCUCCCUCUACUGCUGCCCCUCCUCUUCUAUCAACACUUGUGGUCCCCGGCAUUGGCCGACACCUGUCCGAAGGACUGUACCUGCCAAGUCCAAGACUCCAUUUUCUGCUUUAGCCGCAAAGACACUAAAAUCCCCAACGAAGUACCCACAACGACUAAGAAUCUCUAUGUGUUCAAGAACGGCAUUGAGUCACUUUCCCAAGAGGAUUUUCUUGAGUUGGAAAGCCUGGAGAUGCUGGAUCUAAGCCAGAACAAGUUGACCGAACUGCCAGAUCAUGUGUUUGAACCCUUGUCCUCUCUCCACAACCUGGACCUGUCGGCUAACCAGAUCGUCCAUAUAUCCAAAGACAGCUUUGCUGGACUAGAACAUCUGGAGAGGCUAUAUCUCUACAGCAACCUCAUAGAGAUCAUCCAUCCUGCUGCUUUUGAUGGCCUACAGCAACUGCUGGAGCUCAAGCUGCAAGGUAACAAACUGACAAUAAUGCCUGCCCUGAAAAUGCGCCAUCUGCUUCUGCUAGACUUACGGUUCAACAGCAUCCCAUCGCCAGGGCCAAAUGACCUCCAGACACCCAAGUUGGAGUCACUGAAACUAGGUGGGCUGGGGCUUAGCAGUCUGAACGAGGAGCUCUUGGGAAGCUUCAAGAACCUCCAUGAGCUUGACAUCUCCAACAACCAGUUAACAACCUUUCCAGGGGUUUUGCGGGAGGCAAGGGACUUGGUUACUCUGAGUUUGGCUGGGAAUCCCAUGGGACCUGUGAAAUGGGAAUACUUUGAGAAACUCUCAGAGCUUCAGGAGCUGGAUAUCAGCAAUCUAAGCUUGCAAGGGUUGCCAGAGACUUUAACCCAGCUCUUUCCUCACCUACAAAGGCUGACUGUUGCGGAAAACCCUUUCAACUGCCUUUGCAAUCUGGCUUGGUUUCCAAGUUGGUUGCGAAUCAAGCAAAUUCAGUUGGGUAGGACGGAAGAGACACGCUGCCACUUUCCUCCUUUUAAUUCCGGGAAGGUGCUGGAGAGACUUGCGCAACGAGAAUUCGGAUGUCCGAUUACCACAACUGUUACGACUCGCACAGUAAAGACCACUGCAGUACCGCCAGCCCCGGUCACCAGUUUACCAAGUACCACUCAAGCAGUCCUUCCUGCCAAACCUAGUGAUAACCCUUCUACGGAAGCUGACAAUGACCCUCCACCUCCCACGCCAAGUACUAGUAUCGACCCAGAUCUCAGAUCAAACUUCUGCCCACCCAAUAUCUGCCUAAAUAGAGGAACAUGUUGGCUGGACAACAAAGGACGUUUGGAGUGCUUUUGUCUACCAGGAACAUCAGGGAGAUACUGUGAAAAAGAGGAAGACCCACUACCCCAUGAGGAGCCUACAGAGGUACCGGAACCUGAAAUAACAGCAAUGGUAACUAGCUCCUCAAUACUCUUAGACCUUCAGCGGUACAUCGCUAUGCGCCCCCACAUUCGUGGUGUAAAGUUAACUUACAAGAAACUUUCUGGACCGGAUAAACGUGCCAAGCACCUCAACCUUCCAGCAUAUUACCUGGAAUACACAUUGCGUGGACUUCAGCCAAACUCUACGUACUCUGUAUGUGCCAGUCCAUUGGGCGAACUGGGGGAUGUGGAUAGAGUAUGCAUAGAGACCCAGACGGUCAGUCAGCAGCUAACUCCCACUGGAGCAAGACUGGAGGACCCAAAGCUCACUACAAUGCUCAUCCCUGCAGUCGCCAUCCUACUUCUGCUAGUCCUAGUAGCCGUGGCUGUUGGGGUAGCUUGCUACAUGCACAAAAAGAAAUCAAAGGGACACCUGGACUUAGAAUGUGAUCCUUCACAGCUGGAGCUGGAGGGUCGGAACAAUGGGGCGCUACCUGAAAAGCAAGAGAUUAUCUCCUGUCCGUCAACAACACAGAACGGUGGCUUGGACUUCGAGGUGCCCCUUAUGCAGGAUAACUGUACUGCGAACAACAACAAGAACAGUUUGAAACCUUCAUAUUUCUGAUAAUUGCGAAAGGUUUGUGACUUACUUGCAUGCUAAAGCAUGAAUGAUAUGGCCUUACAAGCUACCAUUUUGGACAGCGAGACCACCCACCAGGUUCUUUGAAAAGAGACGGUGGCAUUUAGGUGAUUCCUGGUGCAAUCCUAUAGGGGCAUUUCUGUCCAAAUGACAUCCUCCUAAGUGCCUUUUAUCGUCUGAAAAAUCUGAAAGACUCUACAUGCCAAACAUUCAACCAAAGAUUUGGGGGGAUUUUAAAAUGGCUGGCAAUCGUAAAAAAGGACAUACAGCUGACUGAAAAAAAAAUGUAGGUGAAAUUUUGAUGUGUAGCGCCUGUGUGCAACUCUUAUGAGCUGCGCUAACUGUGAACCGUAAGCCCUACAAGUGAGUGGGUAACUGAAGAUAUGGAAGAUAUGGACUUAAGUAACGAGGCUGACUCUUAUGAUGCUUUGUCUAACUGAUACACAUUGUUUCUUUGUUUUAUAUUUGUACCUUUUUUGUAAAUGUUUUUGUACAAAUAUGUGACUGUUACCAGGCGGCUGCUCUUCCCCCCAUAUCUUGUGACUUAAAAAGCACCAGCUUAUAAACUUUGAAGAUUAAAUUUUACUUGUACCACCAAGUGAAUCAAAGGCUUUAGUUUAGAAAUGUCAGACAGUCUAAGCAGUUGAAAGUCUAUCCAAACAUGAAACUACAGUAAAUCCUUCCUCUAUUUUUUAGCCCCUAUCCCCUUCGUCCUCAGAAAGAGACACUAAACUACGGUUGAACAGGAGGCAGAUUAAUAUACAUUAUGCUCUUUUGUAAACACAAAAUAGGCCCGAAAUAUAUCAUUGGAAGCUACAAACUGGUGGGAGCUUUUAAAUUAUUUAUUAUAUAGCAAAAAAGGGGUUGUUUCCUAGGCCAGUCUGCAAAAUUAACCUUUGCACUAUUUACAUUACUUGGCGGAGAUUUCCAGUCACUUGCAGUCAACACCAUUUUGCUUUAAGAUGUUCAAAAACAUAUCUAAACCAGUCUAAAAACACACACACUCCAACUCUCAGCUCUCCAGAGCUUACCAUUCAUGUGCAAGAUAUAAUGAAAAAGCAUAAAACAAUCUAAAAACCAUCCGGGCUGUCAUUG